UGCAGGCAACAUAAAACGAUCGUAGUGCGUCAUUUUGAGGUUAGCCGAUAACUCCUAUCAACUACGGCAGCUACCAAACAAACAACGUUCCUUUUCUAUUCGUUCAUUCUCCUAAGAAUUGAUUGAUUCCCUUCAUUUUCGGAUAUAGGUAGUCAACAACAAAAGUCAUCAAGAUGGCUCCAAGCGGAAAUAAUAUGAUCCCAAAUGGUCAUUUUCACAAAGACUGGCAACGAUACAUUAAGACCUGGUUCAAUCAACCAGCUCGUAAAUACAGGCGUCACCAGAAUCGUAUUAAGAAAGCCAAAGAGUUGGCACCUAAACCAGCGGCGGGGCCUUUGCGACCAGUUGUACAUUGCCCAACAUUGCGAUACCACACUAAAGUCCGUGCCGGACGUGGUUUUACUCUGCAAGAGCUGAAGGGUGCUGGUUUAAAUAAACAUUAUGCCCGUACCAUUGGCAUUGCUGUAGACACUAGGCGCCGUAACAAAAGUGUAGAAUCGUUGCAAGUGAACAUUGAACGUUUGAAGGAGUACCGUUCCAAAUUGAUUUUGUUCCCGCUCAAGAGCAAGACCAAUAAGAUUAAGAAGGGUGAAGCUACUGAAGAAGAAUGCAAGACAGCUACACAAUUUAAGGGAGUUGUAUUGCCCAUCCAACAGUCUGUCAGCAAAGAACCUGAAGCACGAGCUAUCACUGAAGAAGAGAAGAAGUUCAAUGCUUUCAACGCUAUUUGCCAGGCAAGACUUGAAGCUAAAUUGGUUGGUAUCAAAGAAAAGAAGGCCAAGGAAGCUGCAGAAAACCCAGAUGCGGCGAAAAAAGCUGCUGACAAGAAGGGUAAAGGAAAGAAGAAGAAGUGAUUGGUGGUGGUAUAUUUUGUUUGACUUUUAUAAUUAUAAUAACUCAAUAAAAACGUUAAACAUGAUA